AUGGAAUUCUUACCAGCCAUUAAGGGCGAGGACGACACCGACCUCGAGCGCGAAAGGCUGUUGACCUCGAUCAACAACUUCAAGAGACAACUGAAUAUCAUCCGUAGGGGACCAAAAGCCCUUGAGGAAUACGUAUUGGCGUUUAUCGACGGACUACAGUCAGAGCACCAGACAUUCUGCCGAGCUGAGGAUGCCGGGCUGCUGGCAUCGGAAGGCCAGUCAUUGAUUCAGCGUCUAAAGACGACAUCACUAUACCAGAGAGGUAUCACAACAAAGGAACAAAUUGAAAUUAAGCUAAAGAGUUAUCUGGACACGAAAGAUUUCACUUAUGCUUCUGACUUCCGAAGCAUUCCCGGGAAUGAGGAAGAAUCGCAUCCCUGGAUUGGAUGCCUGGAUAACUUCCGCAGGUUUCUCUGUGGUUGUCGGGAAGCAAAGGUCACGCCUGUCAAGAUCGCCAUCAUCGAUGAUGGCAUGGGCGACCCAUCCCUCCAGCGGGCAAUCGCAAUGGGCAAGAGCUUCUCGCACUAUCCCAACUCAACCGAGUUCAUGAAUUCUUAUUUCGUUCCAUCGGGCAAGCACGGAACUUAG